AUGAGAAGCGAGCAAUCCUCUUGUACUCCUCUAUCAACUGCGGAAGCUAUAAGGAGAGCUGUCCUCCGGCUCUACUGCCUUGAAGAUAUAUCUGUAAUGGGUAAACUUGGAAGCGGUUUUUAUGCCAAUGUCUAUCUUGAAAACCCGUUCUUUACUUCACUAACGGUCUUUCCACUCGUUUUGCAGUACGCCAACGGUGGAAGCCUGGCAGAUCUGUUGACAGCCGCCUCCGCGCCACUUCCCUGGACCUGUCGAGUGAGCCUGGCUCUUGACAUUAUCCGUGGUCUCGGUCACCUCCACGAACACCGCCUCAUCCAUCGGGAUCUCUCUUCCCAAAACAUCCUUAUUCGUGUCAACCUCGAUGGCAGCGUGGCACCGCUGUCGGCGUGGACGUGCAAUUGCGGCGGCGCCGGCGAACCCGAGGGUGGAGGCUUCUCCCGCGGACUCAACGUCGACCAGCUGGUGGAGCUGUGGAAGCCCGGCGCCCCGCCACCCCCCGAAAUUCCCAAGAUCUCCCCUCUCACCGCACCACCCAGCCUCCUGCAUCGCUUCCAUCGACCUGCGUACACCGCCGUAGUUGGGGACUUGGGCGUGUGUCUGGAUCUGCGACAGUGA